UCACUUGUAUGCGUGCGCCGUCUUUGUCGCAUUGCAUUCUGGUUCUUGUAGUCAGUUUCUAAUCAUCCUCUAUUGUCGUUGUCACUGCCGAGCUCACCUACUCCGCCAAUAUGAUGUCUUCGGCCAGCACAGUCUCACAGACAGCUGAAAAUGGAAACGGAGAAAACAAGAGGACACCGUGUCCGUUAUACGGUUGUAAGCGGGUGUACGCAGACGGGAGCGCUCUGGAAAGCCACAUCAAGGACCAUAAGAUCCCAGCUCAGUCUCUUCCUGGUGAGCUCCCAGCUCAGGAGGUCUUGCUGUGCUCGGCUGUCGGCUGCAGCGGUUCCUUCCCCGACAUGGAGAAACUGAUGGAACAUAUGAGGCAUCAUCACAAGCCCAACAUAUUCUUCCUGUGCGAGAGCUGUCGCACAAAGCUGCGAUCCUACCGUGGCCUCCUGACUCACCUGCACACCUGUUCCAAAGUGCCACGGGGGAAGACAAAGCCGACUGAACCGAUGCCCCCCCCGCCUGCUGCUGCGACCAACCCAAACAUGACCCCCACGGCCAUGGACCAGAACCCCUCACAGCUGGACUCGAUGUCUACACCCCAGGAACUACCCUCUGAAAUCCCAAACCCAGACAGUUCCUUCCCUGCUGCUGCAGACUCUGCUGGCCCCUCUCUCUCCCCCCCCCUUUUGGCUCCUCAGCAGCUCACAGAGGCAGCUCCUGAGAGCGAAGCCUGUGAUCUGCCGCCAUCUCUAAACCUGGAUGGCCCAACAGCAGCUCCUGACCCCCCUGAUGCCCAAGGUCAGCACCAGACACAGACCAGUUCUCCCGAGCCCGCCCACCCUGCUCCAGGAUCAGCUCCAGGAUCAGCUCCAGGAUCAGCUCCAGGAUCAGCUCCAGGAUCAGCUCCAGGAUCUGCUCCUGGCUCCUCAGCCGUCUGGAAGAAGAAUCAAGGUAUGGCCUGCAACAGACGCAUCCUUUGGGAGCACACUAGAGGGCGCUACACAUGUGUCCAGUGUGGCCACACGGUAACCAACCGUAAGGAAAUGACUCAACACAUCAACACUCAACACAGCGGUAACAAGCCUGCAGAAGACUCUGCCACCAACGCAUAGUGUGGAAGCAGGAGGACAUCUACUGAACAAGCAAAUGUCUUUUUGUUGUCCUUGAAUUCAUCUUCUGUCGAAGGUUUAACUUGCUGCACUGACCGAUGGACGGUUCAUGUAUACUACACCUUUUAUUCUGAGUAAAGAGCAGAGCAAGAGCGGCGACUUAUAAACUCAUUAUUUUACAUUACUUUGUCCAUGUUCACAAAGCAUUUAACUGUGUUUUUGCAUAUUGCUCCCCGACACACAUACUAUGUUUAAAUAUCAUUAAAUAUCUGACUGCUAGUUUUAGCGUCCCAGAUUGAUUGUACACCAAACCUUUCUCAGCUGACUAGACUGCAGAAGUACACUCUGAAGUAGUGGAAACCCCAGUGCAUAAUAUUUGGGUGUUGUCAGGCAAAAUCCCCAUGAAGUCAUUACUUUUUUGUCACUGCAUUAAAAAAACGGUAGUGUAACUUUGUUUUUCACACUGCUACAGUAGCUUUCGGUCCCAUAUGGAAGAUUGUGCAUUGUACAGUGCUGUUGUAGAUGGGAUGGACACACAAACACUUGACGUGGAUUGUAGUGUUGCUUCUCCCUGCAGAUGCUUUACUUGUGUGAACUGAAUUUCUUUGUGUUUUGGGCUUUUGUACCUUACCAAUUAAAGGAUCAGUCUGGUGUUAAUCUAGAUUUUUUUUAUGUUAACAAAUCCAAUAAAAAGACCAAAACCAA